AUGGAACACGGUCUGCAGAUCCGAUACAACCCACAAAGAUCUGAAAGGGCUGGACGGCCAAGUCCUAUCCCUGAACGAGAAAUUCACGUGGGAUGGGGAAGCGAGAAUUCGGUAUUGACGCACCAAGAGUCUGAUUCGUUAUCCGACAAUGCAGUCAUGUGCGUUGGACGCUGGAUUCAGGUGUGCCAGCGGCGCUUAACAGUCGCUCGUUCGAUGAGUAGUGAUCGUGCUUCUGUCGGCUCCGUGGUCCGCCAUGCAUCUAACGUGCUGUGGCUUCCCUGGAAUCUGGUCGGCUCACUUUGCGGGCAGCCGAGAUGGCUCUUACGAUUCCCCAUGGAGAGGGAUGCGGGUUAG